AUGACAGCCUCAAACCUGCUCGAACGCCUCAACCGCGAUGGCUUCGUUGUUGUUCCCUCGAUUAUGUCCGAGGGACAGCUCGCAAAGCUCCGGGAGGCAACCCAAGCAGCUACGGCGAUGGCCCGGGCCGGCAAAUGGCCCAAUGUACGCACACUCCCGAAGCAGUUUCCGCCAUGGCCGCUCGCCGGCCCCGAGCCGCCAGCGGAGGGCAUCUGGGGCGUGCAGGGAAUGAUGCACCCGGACAUGCCCAACAACGAUGUCUUCAUCCGAACCUAUUUCUCCGAUGCUGUCAUUGAGCCAACAAAGCAGCUCUUGCAGUGCACUGACGAUGACCUCGUCAUGGAGCUUUUCAACUUGCUCAUCCGGCCGGACCACGAUUUCGAGCUGCGAUGGCAUCGAGACGACAUCCCGGCGACGGCCACUGCGGACGAGGAGCUUGAUCGUCUCAAUAAGCCAGCCUAUUCGGCGCAGUGGAACCUCGCAUUGUAUGACGACGCUAGCCUUAUCGUUGUGCCUGGAUCACACACCAGAGCCAGGACGGACGUGGAGCGCAACGCGGAUCCAUACGAGAAGGAGAUUCCGAACCAGCUGCUGGUGGAGCUCAAGGCCGGCGACAUUGUGUUUUACAACAACAAUAUUCUACAUCGCGGAGCUUACGUUGCUACCAAGGAGCGAAUGACACUCCAUGGAAGCGCCGGUCAUGUGAACGGUAGCACUCUGCGGGCGCGUAAUGUAUUGCAACACGGACUGAAGGGCUGGGCAGACAAGAUUGACCUCGGUGUGCUGGACGAGAAGGAGCGGGCUCGGGCUGAAAACAUGCGGAGAAUGCUUGUCAAGCUGGCUUUUCCCGUUCUGCGGCCAUAUCCGGGUUUGCCAACCGUCAACCGACUCUGUCGGCAUCAGCCUCAAAUCUCCUCAACCACCUCCCAAAACACCGUCACCUCCCCCGAUCGCUCGAUACCCGUACCACUGGCGACAAUGUUGCCCUCAUCGGUGCGGCGCGUGGUCGCCUCGGCCCCCCAGUCGCCCCUCGUCUCCUCCCUCAGCACCUCCGCUCCGAGAGCGGCUGCGACCUUCACCCUCAAACAGGUCCAGAGACCCGGCGGCCACCAGAGACGAUGGUCCUCUUCGAGUCCCUCGAGUCCGAACAAUAACGGCUCCAAGGAGACACCCGCCGGCCAGAACGUCCACGCCUCGGCAUCGAGCUCGAACGCCAAGGCCAGCGGCGAGAAGCGGAAACGGAAGAGCAAGGAAAGCGCCAACAGAGAUGCUGCGCAAAAGCUGCCCAGCGUGCCUAGCACACAACACCUGUCGCAAGAGGCCCUGGGACUGUCGACCUUCUUCUCCCUCCACCGGCCGAUAUCAGUGACCCACAGCAUGCCCAAGAGCGUCACCGAAGAGGCUUUCGCCGCCAUCUUCAAGCCUCGAACCCGCGCCAACAAGACCGCCGAUGUCAUCAACACGCUAUCAAGGACGGCCGACGAUAUUGAGGGCGCUAUGGCGAAGAUGACCGUCACAAACCAGGAGGUUGAUGCGUCAGGCGAGCCUGUCCAGAAGAUUGACCUCAAGCACGCCGACGGCAGCGAGUCGAGCGUCUAUGUCCAGCUGAACGCCAUGGCCGGACAGUUCGUUCCCUUCCGCCCUCCCCCAGCGCCUCAACAGGAGGGUGUCGCCGAUGCCCACGCCGAGUCCGCCGUUGAGGACGUAGUCGACGAAGCCCCUCACCACCGCAUCUACAAGGCCAUGUUCACGAUCGAGGAGAGCACCGAUGCCGACGGACAGAUCCAGGUCCUCGCCCACAGCCCCAAGAUCAUGAACGAGGAGGUCCCGCGCUCGUUCCUCGAGCGCAUGGCCCAGCGCCAGAUGAGAUUCGACGAGGCGCAAGGCAACGACACCAUGCACGCCCUUAGUGUUAGACGUCAGCGCAAGCUCAAGAUGAAGAAGCACAAGUACAAGAAGCUGAUGAGGCGCACGCGCAACCUGCGCCGUAAGUUAGACAGAAUAUAA